AUGCACAUUGAUAUAAAACUCUGCACAAAUCAAUUGAUUCAUGUCGAAGUCCACCCGAAGGUAGGACCUCCUUUUGUUGCCUCCUUUGUCUAUGCCUAUACUGCAAAAAAGGAGCGGCUUACCCUUUUCGACUCUCUAGUUGAGAUUGCACGGACUAUUAAUGUUCCAUGGCUUGUCAUGGGUGAUUUCAACUGCAUCGCAAACCUUAACGAGGGAGUAGGUCAAGUGGUUAGAGCCUCUGAAAUCGCCCCCCUUAAGAGUUGUAUGCACACCUAUGGACUUCAUGACGUGAAAGGUAAUGGAAGACUCUUCACCUGGAACAACAAACAAGCAGGGGUUCGAAGAGUCUUUAGCAAAAUUGACAGAACUAUGUGCAAUCAUCUAUGGGAGGACAAAUUCCUAGAGGCCGAGGUUACGUUCCUUCCUGAGGGGGAUUUUGAUCACCCUCCUAUGCUCCUCCAAUUCUUUAAACAGGAAUUGAAAUCCAAUUUCCAACAACCCAUUCAAGCCUCUGUUGCUCAAGUGAAAGAGCCCACUUUGAAGCUCAAAUGCAACUGCAUGAAAACCCACAUGAUAUUACUUUGGAAAAUCACCCACCCUAACCAAAUCCAAGAGGCCUUCAUCUCGUUCUACUCUAAUAUGUUGUGCAGCAAACUAGAGAAUAGGAGAAGAAUCAAUAUGUCUACUAUUCAUUCUGGGCCUAUCCUCACCCCCGACUUGUGGCCCUUACUUGAUCUCUCCUUUAGUCCUCAAGAAAUUAAAGAAGCUAUUUGGAGUAUCCAUGAUAACAAAGCCCUGGGUCUAGAUGGUUUCAAUAGCAAAUUCUACAAAGCUUCAUGGCCUGUGGUAAGUCCUAAUUUGGUUAACGCUAUUCAAUCCUUUUUUCGAAACGGUAAACUCUUGAAGUCCUGGAACAUUCCAGCUAUUACUCUUAUUCCUAAAGUCCCCUGCCCCUCCCAGCCUGGAGACUUUAGACCUAUCUCAUGUUGUCACACCCUAUACAAGUGUAUCUCCAAACCCAUAUGCUCUAGACUGAAGAGAGUCCUUGGAAGGGUAAUAAAUCAGACACAAGGUGCCUUUGUUGCAGGAAGACUCAUCUCCCACAACAUUUUGCUAUGCCAGGACCUUGUAAAACACUACUCCAAGAAAUACUGUUGUAAGAACCCGACUUACCGUUGA